AUGGAAAGACAUAACCUCACAACGGUCUCAGAGUUUUACCUCAUGAGCUUCUCAGAGGACCCGGACCUGCAGCCCGUCCUCUUUGGACUAUUCCUGUCCAUGUACCUGGUCACAGUGCUCGGGAAUCUGCUCAUCAUCCUGGCUGUCAGCUCUGACUCCCACCUCCACACCCCCAUGUACUUCUUCCUCUCCAACCUGUCCUUGGCUGACAUUGGUUUCGCCUCCUCUACAGUCCCAAAGUUGGUUGUGGACAUCCUAACUCACAGCAGAGUCAUCUCCUAUGUGGGCUGCCUGACUCAGAUGUCUCUUUUUAUCUUUUUUGGAGGUAUGGAUGACGUGCUUCUGAUUGUGAUGGCCUAUGACCGCUUUGUGGCCAUCUGCCACCCCCUGCAUUAUUCAGUCAUCAUGAACCCUCACCGCUGUAUCUUAUUACUUUUGCUGUCAGUCUUUGUUAGUGUUGUGGAUUCCCAGAUGCAGAAUUUAACAGCCUUACAAGUUACCUGUUUCAAAGAGGUGGAAAUUGCUAGUUUCUUUUGUGACCCUCAUCAACUUCUUGACCUUUCAUGUUCUGAUGCCUUAAUCAAAAACAUAGUAUCAUAUAUGGUUGGUGUGCUAUUUGGGUUUUUUCCCCUGUCAGUAAUUAUUUUCUCCUACUGUAAAAUUGUUUCUGCCCUUCUGAAAAUCCCAACACCUGGGGGGAGGUACAAAGCCUUUUCUACCUGCGGUUCUCAUCUCUCAGUUGUUUGCUUAUUUUAUGGAACAAUCCUUGGAACGUAUCUUGGUUCAAGUGCAUCAUAUUCUCCCAGGAAGGGCAUGGUGGCCUCACUGAUGUACACUGUGGUCACCCCGAUGCUGAAUCCCUUCAUCUACAGCCUGAGGAACAGGGACAUCAGCAGCAGUGUGAAGAGGCUCCACUUUUGGAAAAUCUAA